UCAGAAGCAGAGUCCACUACGCAUGCGCCAAAGUGUCUGCAUCAGCUCUAACCCCGAGAGCAGCCGCCUGGAGACAGACUUCCAAUUACUGAUGGCCUGUCUCUGAAGCUCUUGGUUACUGCACCAAGGCACAGCAUUUAGGAGCUUGGAUUCCUGGAUCCUGUGGAAAGGGGUUUUCAGAAAUGAAAGUACCCGAUUCUUCUACAAGGUUACCGGACCUCCUAGGGAUCUCCAAAAGACUGGUGGCGAGGGCUGUCACUAGCAAAUUGCUCUUGGUUUUCUAGGGUAGCCCUUUCCCCAGCACUUGACGUGGUCCCUAGUAGGGAGGAAGCGAGGCCAUCCUCCCCCUAGCCUCCUUUCCUAGCCCUACUUCUUUCCCUUUUCUCUAGCCUCCUUCCUUCCAGUUCCCAGCUCUUCAGGGCGCCCGGCAUCCCACCUCUUCAUCCUGCCACGUUUGGCCACCUUGCGUCACCACAUCCACCAUGCCACUCGGUUUUGCCUUUUCAAGCUGCCUUUCUAGGCUCUGCCCCGCCUCCUGAAACUCGCCCCGCCCCUUAUCUACGCGUGUACAUCUGACGUUGCCAUAGCUACGGUGCACCCAGCUACCAAGCCUCCCAUAGCUGGUGUUCUGCUGGCAGGAGGAAAGAGACAGCACCAUGAGCCACAUAGUGACUAUCCAGGAGCCCAAGACCAACCUUCAGCGGUUCCCCUACCAUUGCAGGAGGUCGAGGACCAAAGGCACCGUCGUCAGUCGAACAUACGAUUUCUUGUACGACCCGUUAUUUAUCGUGUCGAGUGAGCGAGACCAUGCACAGGCAAAUAUCCAAGCCACCCUGAUUCGAAGCAGACUGAAAAAAGUUCCCAACUUUAGGUCCAUGUUCAGUAACCUGUGCCAUCAUCCAAGAUAUUCUAUGUAUUGGAGCAAGUCAGAUCCUGUCCCAUCGUGUGUCAAUCGGGAAUGGAGGGGGCAAGAAGCCAAACACAAAGAAGCCCUUCGACUCCACGCUGCAAUGGAUGCUUCUUUCCCGAUGCCCAAGGAAGAGUACGAAGAUCCAGAGGUUUCUGGAAGGAAUCGCUAUAAAUUCUUUGACAGACCCUUCCUUCCAUUUCUUCAACAGAUGCCACUCAAUGUUGUUUUAACAACAUCCAAGCAAGAAACAUUUGCUUUUCCUCCUGAAACUUCCAAGUAUGCGGUCAUCCCGUCAAAGUCUACUGUGGGCACUCAGACGGAUUACAGGGAUGCAGAUGUGCAAACAGAUCCGUACUCUCCAGAGUAUGUCGUGUGUCAAGACACUAUUCCUGAGCUCUUGACCCUGGCUAACCUGACGUGGGGCCGAGGUCUCCCAGCAGGACAAGCCGAGGUGGAGAUGAUAGAACGGGCCCGGGAGAAGCGUGCUUGGGAAGCCACUCUGCCCCCACUGAGCGACAGCUUCCAGUUUGAGAAGAGGAGGAAGAUGAUGAAUGCCAUGGAGCGGAAGGAGUGGGCCUUCCGAGAGGGAGAGAUUGAAAAACUGCAGGACCUGCGACUGGAGGUUCUGAAACAGCUGCUGAAGAGGCGCGAGGAGAACCAGAACGAGAUGGACAUGAGGCACCUAAACGCCCAGUGGUGUAGACUGCAGGAGGCCAAGGAGGCAAAAAUGGCGCAGAUCCAGCACACACACGUGUCAAACAUCAGAAAACUCGUAAGAAAAGGGAAGAACAUAGAAGGGAAGCUGCAGAGGAGAGACAUCAUCAAGGAGUACUCCGAUUUUGCAUCUCAGGUCUAUGGACCUUUGUCCCGCCUUGGCCGUUUCCCAGACAACAACUCAGAGGACUUUGUGGUCAGAAACCACUAUCUCAACACCUAUGAAGGGUUAGUGGAACUUGAAUCAUGUCUUCCUGAUUUUGUGACACAACCAAGGAUCAAACCUCCAAAGCCCAAAAUCAUUACCACCAAGGCCGGUUUUCUGAAGAGGACAGCAAGGAUGGAUUAUGAGUUGGCAGAGGUUCACAAGAUGCUGCUGGAUAACAAGAAUAAAGUUCUAGAAGGAAAGAAACCUCUGCGAUUCCUGCAAAGGAACCCUCUUCCCCAGGCUCGGCUCCCAACCCCCACACUGGAGGAGAUAAGUUCGUAUGAGGAAGGAGAAAUAGAGAUGGCUGUGAUCUACUUGCAGAAGUUACUCCGGGGCAGAGUUGUACAGAACAUGAUGUUUGAGGGCAAGGAGAAGCGACUCGAGUUGAUCCUGGAGUUGCGCACCAGCCACGCCCUGCAAGAGGAUGACAAGCUAGUGAAGAAAGCAGAGAAGCAAGUGACCCUGGCCCUGCAGCGGCAAAGGAACCUGCACGAGAACAAGGUGUCGGUCAUUGAAAACCAUCUGGGUGACCUGGAAGGACGAGUGCUGGCAGACAUGUUUGACUUUCUGUCCAAAGAGCUGGUGAGAUUGCAGGAGGAGAGGAGGAUCCACGCCUUUGCCAUGCUGGCUGAGCGCCAACGGCGCAUGCGGGAGGCGGAAGAGAGUGGCCGACGGCAGGUGGAGCAGAGGCGCCUGCAGCAAGAGGACCAGAUAUUUAUGGAGGUGAUUAAAGUUCACCAAAGUACGGUAACCUCCUAUCUGGAAGACAUCAUAUUGAACACUGAAGAGAGUACUGCAGAAGAACAAGCCAGAGCAGAAAUCGAGAAAAUCGCUGAGGAAAUCAAUGACAUUGCUUAUGAAAUGGAAAACCGUCGAACAUAUCUUCAGUCAGAGGAAAUUGUUGCCGAGUUGGUUUAUAGUUUUCUCAUCCCAGAGGUACAAAAAACCUUCGUCAAAGAGAAAGUGAGGACUGCGCAGCGGAAGCACAUUCUUGCUGCCCAUCAGAUCAUUCACAGCCACACGGAAUCUGUGAUCCAGAAAAAUGCCAUGAGGGAACAGCUGAGGAGUGAGACACUUGAGCGACAGCAGGAUGAGGACUCAGUCUCUGAUAUGCCAACUGAAGAACAGACUCCAAGCGAGGGAAACAGCUAGGUGAGCCUAAUGUUUCCAUCUGGAAGGGAGCCGCAGAGGAGGAGAAGCAGCUCCAUUCAGUUUGGGGCCCUACUCAACCAAGCGUGUUGUGAAUGGACUGUCCAUUGUUUAAAAAAGAAUGAAGCAUUUCCAUGGAAACUGACUCGUCUCAUCUAGAUUGUGCUACCUAUUGUUGAGUUUAUUAAAAAGCUAGAGUUGGUUCUCUAGCAAUUGGAUUCUUGCUACCUGAAAAAUAAGGCUGUAGGUUAUUUUUUGAGAUGGUUCCUAUUAUAGAAGUAUAUUCCAUCAUGAAUAAAAUCAAAAGUGUACUUA